AAAAAUUGAAAAGUGAACAAUGCAAAAAAAAAAGUAAUAUUCAAAAGAUAAAAUGAAUUUGUCUAAAAAUGGCUUAGAAUCAGCGCAAAAGUUAAGCGAAUAUAUUUAAUAAUAAGGUUCAAAAAUAGAAAACUAAUCAGAACUAGGGGCAAUAGAACACAGAUCUUAUUUAUAAUUAAGUUCUUUUUAUUUGUUUUUUUUUUCUUUUUUUUUCUUUUUUUUUUUUUUUGGCUAAGCGUCUUAUUAGAAACAUUAUGAUCAAGGAUAGCCAAGCCUACCCUAGUUUUCCAAAGUGUUUUGCAAAAAACGAAAAGAAAAAAGCAGUUACAACAACAAAGAAAAAUCUUACUCAUGCAUGUGUAUGAUGUGUCUGUGACCGAACACGGAAAACUCAUUAAACUUUACGUGCUUUAAAAAACGAAAAUAUACAAAAAAAAGCACAAAUUUUGGUGUUAAAUCAAUAAUAAAAAAGAAAGAAAAUAAACAAGUAGAGAACUACAUAUAUAUUUAAUACCAAUCGUAUAGAAGCGAUUGAUUGCUCAGAACUACGAUAUCAGUAGCAUAGAAUAGAAUUGCACAGAGUAUAUGAGAACACAUAUGGUUAUAGUUGGAUUUAAUUUAUUAGCAAUACGGAAAUUUUAAAAGUUUGGAUGGGAAAAAACUCGAAAAAUAUGUAUAAGACCAUAAGGCACGGCGAGAACAGCCUACAGUACACGAUAUUACCACAAAAUGAUGAUUUUCGCUUGGAGGGAAAAAUUAAAUCAGUAUCUGGUGGGAAAAAGGCCAGAGCCAAGAAGCCGAAGCGUCGUUCAUUUUUCGCCUAUUUGGGAGUGAUAUUCGUGUGCACCGUUAUAGUGGGUGCUGUACUAAUACCGUUUCUGGUAUCAGCAGAAUGUCUACCCGAUCCAACGCAAUGGUUUUUAAAAACUAAGGCAGCAUUCACUAAACACUCGUCUACCUCCAAUAAUUCACAUGUUGGGAAAGGCCAGAGCAAUAACAACAAUCAUUUAAGUAAUUUCGCCUCGAUUAACAAGGGAAAUAUUAUUACCAGUAGUUCUAUAAAUGUGGGUAAAACUGUAAAAAUUAUUAAUCAGGAUGGGAUAGAGAAAAUUAUUUUGAAAGUUAAUAAAACCAUAUUACCGGACAACAACAAAAACUACAAUAAUAAUAACACAGCAACCGAUCUACAAAAUGAAACAAACAAUGGAACUAAUAACGAAAUUAAAGGAAAAAAGGAAUUACCAUCAUCAAUAACGAUAACACAUUUAGCGAAUAUCGAACAAGUGGUCAGCACCACAACAAAGACGGCAACCACCCAAGAGAUCAGUAGUAAAGAAAAUAGCAAAGACAUCAUCAAUGCAAAAGCACAGACAACAACUUCAGCUCAUGUCAUUCCUGGCAAUGCUGAAGGAUUCUCGGCUAUCAUUUCACCCGCAACUGCUACGGUAAAUUCAUAUCAGCUCAAAAAUAUUCUGUAUCCUACCACGGCAGGCGCACGCUCCAUACAGGUUCCGCUACUGAAGGGUACCGCGAGAAAACCGGGUAUACCGCCCGUUUUAGUGAAAAAUUAUUCAAAAUUAUUCCCCACUACUACCGAAAAAGCUAAUAUAAAUCCUGUCCAUUCUACGGAAGCGACUUUGAAAAUGAAUUUACCGGCAAAACGUAACAAAACUACAGCAGAUUGGAUACAAGAUCAUUGGCCUUAUAUAGAUCCAUCCACGUAUUUUCAAUGGAAUGGCUAUAAAGCAGAGGAUAGUGUUUUAUUGCCCGCUCUACUGGGCUUCGCUUUAAUUGGAGUCAUUUUAAUUAUAACUGUAUGUUUGGUUGCCCGCAACAAACGCACUAUCGUUAACAACGUUCGAAAGCGCAAUCGCAAUGAUGUCGAAGAACACGGCAACGAGGAUAAUGCUACACUUUUAACAAACAACAACCUAUCUGAUGAAGAUUAGAAUAAAAGUUUCCAUAAUAGAAACCAUUCAAAUCCCCAUCAUUGAAUGCAAUCCGUAAAACAAUUCACCCACAGAUAAAAUUUCGAAAAACUCUUAUUUUUAAGUCAAUAAAUUUUUAAAUUAAUGCUUUAAAAAAAAAUAAUAAAAGAAAAUAACAGAGACAAAAUGCAGAUUUUUUACGGUCCCAAGAGUGUAAACGGAAAAUUUUUCUCAACUUGUCAGUCCGCCUAUAUAAACUUAUACACCGAUAGCGGUUAUUUCAAAUAAUGCUAGUAUAUGCUGCUUUCGUAUAUAUAUGCAGAAAAAAAAUAAAUAAAAAAAAAAAACACCUCUUAAAACAAAUUGCGAAAAAAAGCUACCUAACCUUCGACCGUAAAUUUUCUAAUUUAGCGAUAAGAUCUUAUUUAAAGUUAAAGCAAGAAAAAACAAGAAAAAAACCAAGUUAUUUUAUGUAAACAAAGUUACAGACAUUUACAAAACUAAAAAAAAAAAAAAGCGCCUAUUUAUGAAAACCAAAUCGCUCAUUAAAAGCAGCUUUAAUUAGAAAGCACUAAUAAAGAGAAUGGAAAUGGAAAACUUUAAAUAAUAAUAUAAUUUGUAGAAUAUUUAUAUACUUUAAUGGUUUUUAAGUUUUUUUUUUAAAUGAAAAAAAAAAAAAAAAAUUAUUGCAAAAAGAAAGACUGUUUCUUACUAAAAGUAUUAUUAGUGAUUCAUGUGUAUACAUAUAUAUAUUUCAAAUUGGCGUUUUUAUUUUUUUUUUCGUGUAAUCGUGUAAUGUAAGAUUUAUACGCGUCCGUCCGUCUGCCCGAAACUUACCAUUUAUGCUCUUAGUUUUAUUUAAGUUCACUAAAACAAAAAAAAGUAAAUAAAUAUAUAUUACAAAAUAUAUCCGGCGAUGGUAAUUAAUAUGUCCAUACAAUACCGAUCGGCUUUUUAAUAAAAUUACAUUUCAUCGAAUCGUUCUUUUAUGCCCUUUUCAAGACCAUCAAAAGUUUGGAAAGUCGUAAAUCGGAAAUCGAAAAGGGGGAUUGAUCUGAUCAACCUAACUUGAAAUAUGUACGAAAAUCUUAUUGUCAAUAACGUAGACUAUAAAACCAUUGCAAAUACCCAUAGCUAUGGAAUUUGCUAGAAUGGCUUCAUAAGGCCAACAUAUCCGCAAUGAACUCUUGGAACUCUUUCCCAAAAUUUGCGCAAGAUUUGAAUAAAGCAGAAAACAGAUUUAUUAUUAUUAUUUUUUUUUUUUUUAAUUAAAGCAUAAUGUACAUAAGAUAGAGUUAUGUAUAGAAUAGCAUUUCGGGCAGAUUGCCUCCACGGCAUUGCUGACAACUCCAGAAUCAUUUCGCGUAAAUGCGGCUGAAUUUCGUUGACGCAACAUUGAAUCUGCUUCUUCAAAACACGGAUGGUUGCGGACUUGUUCUUGGCAUAGAUCUCUGACAAACCCCCCAAAAAGAAUUCCAUGAAUUAUGUAUACAUAUACAUAUAUCGAUUUGAGAUGAUCAUUAUUCGUUCUAUGGCGAAUGCUGUAUUUUAUUUAUUUCUUUUUUUAGAAAAAACUAUAGCUCAAUAUAAUAAUACAUGAAAUUUAGCUUUCUA